AAAGAUACUAGAGGAGCUUUGGUGGAAAUUCCCAAAGGCCGGCAGAUGGCGGUGGUGGCGCCGGCCGUUGGGAGCGGGAGCGGCGGCGGCGGCGAUGUCGGCGUCGGCCUCUGGCUUGCAGUGUGCGGUCGCCGCCGGAGGAGGAGCUGUGGGCCGCUCCCGGGGACUGCGAGCCAGGGAGGGAGGGAAGGAAGGAGGGAGGGAGCGAGCGAGCGCCGGCGAUGAUGUUCCUCUUCCCUGGGACUCGGAGGCUCGUUUGGUUCAGCCUCGGGUGAAAAAUGGCCACCAAGAAAAAGGGCAACGGCGGCGGAAGAAGCAGCAGCAGCAGCAACGCCAACACAACUCUUUCCACUGCUCUGGCAUCCCCCGACGCCAUCGUCCUGCAGCACUUCACAGGAUAAAUUUCAACACGGGAGGAGGGGGGAGAAGAAAAGCAGCACCAACCAACCUUCAUCUCUCCUUCGUCCGCUCGACACCUUUUUAUUCCCUCGGAUUGGUCGUACUUUCGGGAAACUCGGAAAAAUGAACAUGGUGAAAAGAAUCAUGGGCCGUCCACGGCAGGAAGAGUGUAGUCCGCAGGAUAAUGCACUUGGUCUAAUGCACCUUCGUCGUCUUUUCAUGGAACUCUGUCAUUCACCUCGGCAUAUGACUCAGAAGGAACAGGAAGAAAAGCUAUAUAUGAUGCUACCGGUUUUUAACAGGGUGUUUGGAAAUGCUCCCUCUGGCACUAUGACUGAGAAAUUUUCAGAUCUCUUGCAAUUUGCUGCCCAGGUGUCACGCUUGAUGGUGACAGAAAUCAGGAGAAGAGCCUCGAACAAAUCUACAGAGGCAGCCAGUCGAGCCAUUGUCCAAUUUUUGGAAGUUAAUCAAAGUGAAGAAUCAAGUAGAGGAUGGAUGCUUCUCACUACAAUCAACUUAUUGGCAUCAUCAGGACAGAAAACUGUAGACUACAUGACAACAAUGUCUCUACCUUCCACACUGGUUAAAUGUCUCUAUCUGUUCUUUGAUCUUCCUCAUGUGCCUGAUGUACCUGGAGGAGCACAGACAGAGCUACCACUUAGUGAACGACGGUCACUAUUGCAAAAAGUAUUUGUACAGAUCUUGGUGAAACUCUGCAAUUGUGUGUCACCGGCAGAAGAACUAGCUCAAAAAGAUGAUCUCCAGCUACUAUUCAGUGCUAUUACCUCUUGGUGUCCCCCCCAUAACAUUCUUUGGAGGAAGAGCGCAGGAGAGGUGCUAAUGACCAUAUCUCGUCAUGGACUUAGUCUCAAUGUUAUCAAAUAUAUUCACGAGAAAGAAUGUGUAGCCACGUGUAUCCAGAAUAUGCAGCAAUCAGAAGAUCUAUUACCCCUGGAAAUUGUUGAAAUGUUUGCUGGGCUGUCCUGCUUUCUUAAAGACUCCAGUGAUAUCUCGCAAGUUCUUUUGGAUGAUUUUCGGUCUUGCCAAGGUUACCAAUUUCUCUGUGAUCUUCUGCUCAAAUUGGAACAAACAAAAGAGCCUGAUGCUAAAGAGGCACUGAUGGACUUGGUACACUUGGUGACUUCAUUAACAACAUAUGGGAUCAAUGAAUUAAGGCCCACAGGCAUCAGCAGUGGCGCACCUUUCCUUCUGCCAGGAUUUGCAGUACCACAACCUACUGGCAAAGGUCGCACAGUAAAAAACAUCCAAGCCUUUUCUGUUCUUCAGAUCGCCUUUUUAAAAGUGAAAACAAGCCAUCUUGCCAGAAUCAUCUUAGAUGCCAUUUCAAACAUCUACAUGGCAGAUAAUGCCAAUUACUUCAUCCUAGAAUCUCAGCACACCCUCUCUCAGUUUGCUGAGAAGAUUUCGAAAGCCCCAGAGGUGCAGCCAAAGUACUUUGAAAUGUUGGAGUUGAUUAUUUUCAGCUUAAACUAUAUUCCUUGUAAAGAACUAAUAAGUGUCAGCAUCUUAUUAAGGUCCAGCACGUCUUACCAAUGUAGCAUCAUCGCAAUGAAGACACUUUUGAAAUUUGCACGCCAUGAUCCUAUUUUUCGGGAUGUGUAUCGGGAGGUUGGAUUGCUUGAGGUGAUGGUGAAUCUUCUGCACAAAUACGCUGCUCAUUUAAAAGAACCUAUUCAGAGUUCUAAUGACUCAGAUUCUAAAGCAAAUUGCUCAUUGGAGGACCGGAAUCAGCUUGCCCUAUUAGUAAUGGAGGACCUGACAGUACUGUUGCAAGGAUCAAACACAAAUGCAGGUGUUUUCCGAGAGUUUGGAGGAGCACGAUGUGUUCAUAAUAUAGUGAAGUAUCCCCAGUGCCGAGAACCUGCACUGAUGAUUAUCCAACAGUUAAUUUUGUCCCCUAGUGGUGAUGAUGAUAUGGGUACUUUAUUAGGACUGAUGCACACAGCCACACCUGCAGAGCUACAGCUCAAAACUGAUAUUCUAAUGGCUCUCCUUACUGUGCUGAGAGAAAGUCACCGCACACGAACAGUGUUCCGAAAAGUUGGGGGAUUUGUUUAUGUCACAUCACUGUUAGUUGCAAUGGAACGAUCUUUGAUUAAUCAACCCAAAGGAGUAUGGGAAAAGGUGAACUCAAACCAAGUCUUCGAACUAGUGUAUACUGUCAUUUGUACACUGACAGCAGCAAUGCGUUAUGAACCUGCUAAUUCACAUUUCUUUAAAACUGAAAUUCAGUAUGAAAAACUUGCAGAUGCUGUGCGUUUGCUUGGUUGCUUCUCAAAUAUGCGACAAAUAUGUUCAACAACGUCCUACCCUUCAAAUAUCCAACCAUUUCAAAACAUACUUGAAGAUGAUGCAUUGUUGGAUUCAGUUGGUCCCACACUGAAACAUUGUAGUAAACUUUUCUGUUGUCUCUACAAAAUGGUCACGGAUUCUUUUGACAGUUUUGCUGAACAGAUUCCGCCUUGCUUGACACAUGAGAUUUCCCUUCCCUCACCUUGGGGUACUCCAGCUCUGGCCAGAAAAAGGCCGGGCUAUCACACUGUUUCAGCUCCACCUGUGUUGCCAGCCAAAUCCGUCUCAGAAUUAAAGCUACUCAACACACUGACUUCCUUGCAUUCUCCUGAUGCAGUCAUAAUACAUCCAGGAGCUGCACUUGCAACUUUAGACCUCUUGGCUUCAGUUGGCUCCAAUGAACAAUUUGAGCAUGCAUUAGCCCUUCAGUUUGCGGUGGCUAAUAGUUUGCAGUCACUCAUCCACUCGGAGAGAAAUCAGCAGGUGAUGUGUGAUGCAGGACUUCAUGCACGGCUUUUGCAAAGAUGCAGUUCUGCUCUGUCUGAUGAAGACCAUCCUCUACACCCCCCACUUCAAAGGAUGUUCGAGCGAUUAGCUUCGCAGUCAUUAGAACCAAUGGUCCUUAGGUUUUAUAAUUUGCAUUUAACAGCUCAUGCAUUAGCCCUUCAGUUUGCGGUGGCUAAUAGUUUGCAGUCACUUAUCCACUCGGAGAGAAAUCAGCAGGUGAUGUGUGAUGCAGGACUUCAUGCACGGCUUUUGCAAAGAUGCAGUUCUGCUCUGUCUGAUGAAGACCAUCCUCUACACCCCCCACUUCAAAGGAUGUUCGAGCGAUUAGCUUCGCAGUCAUUAGAACCAAUGGUCCUUAGGGAGUUUCUCCGCCUUGGUAACCCAUUGAAUUGUGGGGCCUGGGAUAAGAAAAUGAUUAGUGUGUACAGGGUGCACAAGCCAAGUUCUUUAAGUUGUGAAGCAGAUAUGAGAGGGAACGUAAUGGAUGGGUAUGGUCCUGAUAAUGUAUUCACCUUGAAUGAAGACAACAGUCACUACAAGAUUAGCAAAAGCUUGCUCAAAGCGGCAGAAGGAAGCACCGUGCCUCUGACCAGGGUGAAAUGCUUGGUCUCCAUGACAACACCACAUGAUAUUAGACUUCAUGGUUCAUCAGUCACUCCAGCAUUUGUGGAGUUUGAUACAAAUCUGGAAGGCUUUGGCUGUCUGUUUUUGCCCAGUUUGGCUCCUCAUAAUGCCCCCAUCCAUGCUCCGACUGCAACAGGAGGAAUAAACGACGGAGCUGUUACAAGUGGACUUGGUGCAGGUGAACGAUUCUUUCCACCACCAUCUGGACUUACUUAUUCAACCUGGUUUUGCAUUGAGAGGUUCAGUAACCCUCUGACCAAUCAUUCUGUUAAGCUUCUUACCCUAGUGCGGAGAUCAAAUUCAUCUGAGCAGCAUUACAUUUGCCUUGCUGUAAUCCUUUCUGGGAAAGACAAGUCCCUAUUUGUUUCUACCAAGGAAGAGUUGCUGCAAAACUAUGUUGAUGACUUCAGUGAGGAGUCAUCCUUUUAUGAGAUUCUUCCUUGCUGUGCUCGAUUUCGCUGCGGUGAACUAAUUAAUGAGGGACAGUGGCAUCACCUAGUGCUUGUGAUGAGUAAAGGCAUGUUGAAGAACAGCAAUGCUACUUUAUACCUGGACGGUCAACAUGUUAACACAGUUAAGCUUCACUAUAUCCACAGUUCACCGGGUGGAUCAGGAUCUGCAAAUCUGCCAGUUGUUAGUACCGUGUAUGGCUACAUUGGCACACCUCCAGCUCAGCGUCAGAUUUCAUCCUUAAUAUGGCGUCUUGGACCCACCCACUUCUUGGAGGAAGUUUUACCUGCUACCAGCGGGCGUCAGUAUCAUUUGUUCCGCUGUAUUGGCAGCCUCCAAGCUGUGUGUGUUCCCUGUAAAGAUUCAAAACCUGAAAUGACAAUUCCAUCUCCCAUCAGCUUGAUUCCUGAAGAGAAAGUAUCAUUUGCACUUUAUGCACUGUCGGUCUCUACACUUACAGUUGCCAGAAUUAGAAAAAAUUACAACAAAGUGGACAGCAAGACAAUAGCCAAACAGAUGGCCAUUUCUUCUCAUGAAAAUGCUACACCAGUAAAACUGCUGCAUAAUGCUGCAGGCCACUUAAAUGGACCAGCAAGAACUAUUGGAGCAGCUCUGAUAGGAUACCUAGGUGUGAGAACGUCUGUGCCAAAGCCUGUUGCCACUACGUUGCAAUAUAUUGGUGGAGCAGCUGCUAUUUUAGGCUUGGUUGCAAUGGCAUCGGAUGUCGAAGGUCUCUAUGCUGCUGUGAAAGCUCUUGUUUGCGUGGUAAAAAGCAAUGCAUUGGCCAGCAAAGAGAUGGAGAGGAUUAAGGGAUAUCAGCUGUUGGCAAUGCUGCUGAAAAAGAAGAGGACACUUUUGAAUAGUCAUAUUCUUCAUCUCACAUUUUCACUGGUGGGAACUGUUGACAGUGGCCAUGAGACCAGUAUCAUUCCCAAUUCGAAUGGAUUUCAGGAUUUGCUUUGUGACUUUGAUGUAUGGCUUAAUGCACCGUAUGAACUUCAUCUCUCAUUGUUUGAGCACUUUAUUGAACUUCUCACUGAAUCAAGUGAAGCUUCAAGAAAUGCCAGGCUAAUGAGAGAUUUCCAGCUGAUACCAAAACUGCUGCUUACUCUGAAAGAUUCAUCUCUGUCACAAUCGACAAUAGCAGCCAUCAGUAAUGCACUCAGUCUUCUGCUGCAUGGAUUCCCAAAUACAAAUGAUCUACUCAGGUUUGGUCAGUUUCUCUCUUCUACGUUACCCACUUUUGCAGUCUGUGAAAAGUUUAUUAUCAUGGAAGCUAUUAGUGAGGAAAAGGAAGUAGGUGCCGAUGAUGAUUUUGGUGGCCUUGUUUCAGCCAAUACUAUUCUACUGAGAAAUAGACUCUUGGACGUCUUGCUAAAGCUACUGCAUACUUCAAAGGAAAAAAACAAUGUUAAUCUGCAAGCUUGUGAAGAAUUGGUGAAGGUUUUGGGUUUUGACUGGCUUCUAACUUUCAUGGAAGAGCACUUGCAUCCCACAACUGUCACUGCAGCAAUGAGAAUUCUUGUUAUACUACUGAGCAACCAAUCGAUCCUUGCCAAAUUUAAAGAAGGCCUUUCUGGAGGAGGUUGGCUUGACCAGACGGACUCUGUUCUCACGAAUAAAAUUGGCACUGUAUUAGGUUUCAAUGUUGGCAGAAUUGCUGGCGGUAGAUCAACAGUGCGUGAAAUAAACCGUGAUGCUUGUCAUAUCCCUGGUUUCUCUAUUCUGCAGUCAUUCCUACCCAAACAUACGAAUGUGCCUGAGCUAUAUUUUCUGUUGAUGGCCCUUUUCCUCCAGCAGCCAGUUACUGAACUUCCAGAAAACCUGCAGUUUGACCUGGAUUCCAUUUGGUCGUUUAUCUUUGGUGUUCUUGCUUCAAGUGGGACGGUGGUUGCAUCUAUUCACACUGUGUGUUCAGAGUCUGCCUUUUUAUUGUUGGGAAUGCUGAGGAGUAUGCUCAAUCUUCCCUGGCAAUCUGAAGAGGAAGGCUCCUGGCUUAGAGAAUAUCCAGUUACUUUGAUGCAGUUUUUCCGCUACCUGUACCACAAUGUUCCAGAUCUAGCACCACUUUGGACAAGCCCUGAAUUCCUUUGUGCAUUUGCAGCAACUGUCUUUCCCUUUAACAUCAGGCCAUAUUCAGAAAUGGUGAGUGAUCUUGAUGAUGAAAUGGGCUCUCCUGCUGAAGAAUUCAAGGCAUUUGCUGGUGAUACUGGCAUGAACAGGAGCCAGUCAGAAUAUUGUAAUGUGGGGGCUAAAACUUUCCUCACUAAUCAUCCUGCCAGAAAGCUUGUAUUUGAUUUCAUGCGUGUCCUUGUGAUUGAAAAUCUGUGCCUUGCACCUGCAAGUAAACAAACUACUCUUAUAGAUAUGCUUUUAGAGGCAUCGCCUGAUCGAUCAACACGAGCUCAGCAAAAAGAAUUUCAAACUUGUAUCUUGGACAGUGUAAUGGACCACUUAUUGGCAGCGGAUGUUUUGUUAGGUGAAGAUUCAACGUUGCCUAUUGCUAGUGGAGGAAGUUACAGUAUAUUAGUGAACAAUGUAUUUUACUUAACACAAAGACUUGUGGAUAAGCUUUGGCAAGGCAUCUUCAGCAAAGAAUCAAAACUUGUUGUUGACUUCAUUAUUCAGUUGAUAGGACAAUCAAAACGAAGGUCCCAAGGACUGUCUCUGGAUCCUAUUUAUCACUGCCUUAAUCGAGCCAUACUAUGUCAACUAUCAAGACCGCAUAAGACUGUUCCACAGCAAGUUUCCCUUUUAGACUCUUUAAGAAUCCUGACGGUAAACCGUACUCUUAUCCUUGGACCUGGAAAUCAUGAUCAAGAAUUCAUUGGCUCCCUGGCUCACAGCUUACUUAGCCUCUACACUGGAAGUAGCCUCGAAGGGUUUGGUCUAGAAGCAGAAGCCAGAAUGACAACAUGGCACAUCAUGAUACCUUCUGAUCUAGAACCAGAUGGAAGUCAUAGCCAAGAUAUUAGUGAAGGUCGACAGCUACUUCUCAAAGCUGUGAAUAGGGUUUGGACUGAACUGAUUGUCAGCAAAAAACAAGCUUUGGAGGAGAUUUUCAAAGUAACACUACCUACAAAUGAGCGUGGACUGGUGGACUUGUCCACUGCUCGUCCACUCAUUGAAGAUGCAGCUUUAAAGUGCUGGCAGAAUCAUAUGGCUCAUGAGAAAAAAUAUAUUAGUCGAGGAGAUGCAACUAUAGGUCCUGUGACACAGUCAAAACUGUCACGAGUAAGCAGCGGAUUUGGCCUGUCAAAGUUGACGGGAUCCAGACGGAACAAGAAGGAAAGUGGAAUCAGUAAAAAUAACCUCACAUCUCAGGAAAUAUCUCAGUGGAUGUUUACUCAUAUUGCUGUUGUGCGAGAUUUGGUUGAUAUGCAAUAUAAAGAAUAUCAGGAGCGACAGCAAAAUGUCCUGAAGUACGUGACUGAAGAAUGGGCUCAGAUAGAGUAUGAACUAUUGCGAGAGAGGGGCUUAUGGGGGCCUCCAAUUGGAUCAUAUCUUGAUAAAUGGAUGUUGGAAAUGCCAGAAGGUCCCUGCCGAAUGAGAAAGAAGAUGGUGCGAAAUGACAUGUUUUAUAUCCAUUAUCCCUAUUUACCAGAAAACGAGCAGGAAUCGACCAGUCUCCUGAAACCUACUCGCUACCGUAGAGCUAUAAGCUAUGACAGUAAAGAAUACUACAUACGCCUGUCUGCUGGAAAUCCAACCAUGUGUCCAGAUACAAUUGAAGAGAGUUCAGAGGGUGAAACCACCCAGCAUGAACCAGAGCAUGGAGAGGACACUAUUGCAAGAGUCAAAGGGAUUGUGAAGCCACCUUUAAAGCGUUCACGUUCUGCCCCUGAUGGUGGAGAUGACGACAGCACAGAACCUUUCCUUGACCAAGCUUCAGAAGGGAGUUCAGUGGAAGAGGAGGAGAAGACUGAUAACCAAACACUGCUGCGAUUAUUAGAAGAAGGAGAAAAGAUUCAACAUAUGUAUCGAUGUGCUCGAGUACAAGGGCUGGACACCAGUGAAGGGCUCCUCUUGUUUGGGAAAGAACAUUUCUACGUGAUUGAUGGUUUCACAAUGACUCUCACCAGAGAAAUCCGUGACAUUGAGACACUGACUCCAAACAUGCAUGAGCCUAUUAUUCCCAGAGGUGCACGGCAAGGGCAGAGUCAGCUAAAGAGGACUUGCAGUAAAUUUGCCUAUGAGGACAUCAAGGAAGUACAUAAGAGACGGUAUCUGCUGCAGCCUAUUGCAGUUGAGGUUUUUUCUGGUGAUGGACGAAACUAUCUCUUGGCCUUCCAAAAAGGAGUUCGAAAUAAAGUGUACCAAAGGUUUUUAGGUGUGGUUCCCUCUUUGACUGAUAGUUCCGAGUCAGUCUCUGGCCAACGGCCCAAUACGAGUGUGGAACAAGGGUCUGGUUUGCUAAGUACAUUGGUUGGAGAGAAGUCUGUAACACAAAGAUGGGAGAGGGGAGAAAUCAGUAACUUCCAAUAUCUUAUGCAUCUAAACACAUUAGCUGGCAGAUCCUACAAUGAUUUAAUGCAAUAUCCAGUAUUCCCGUGGAUCCUGGCAGACUAUGAUUCUGAGGAACUUGAUCUUACAAAUUCCAAAACAUUCAGGAACCUGGCUAAGCCAAUGGGAGCUCAGACUGAAGAGAGGUUAGCUCAGUAUAAGAAACGCUAUAAAGAUUGGGAAGAUCCAAAUGGUGAGACACCAGCAUAUCACUAUGGUACACAUUAUUCUUCUGCCAUGAUUGUUGCUUCUUAUCUAGUAAGAAUGGAGCCAUUUACGCAAAUAUUUCUCCGACUCCAGGGUGGUCAUUUUGAUUUAGCUGAUCGAAUGUUUCACAGUGUUCGAGAGGCCUGGUACUCGGCAUCAAAACACAAUAUGGCAGAUGUGAAAGAACUCAUUCCAGAAUUCUUUUACCUUCCAGAGUUUCUCCUAAAUUCCAACAACUUUGAUCUUGGUUUUAAGCAGAACGGCACAAAAUUGGGAAAUGUGUUGCUACCACCAUGGGCAAAAGGAGACCCAAGAGAAUUCAUCAGAGUUCACCGUCAGGCACUGGAAUGUGACUAUGUCAGUUCACAUCUGCACGAGUGGAUCGACUUGAUCUUUGGAUAUAAACAACAAGGUGUACCUGCAGUAGAAGCUGUCAAUGCUUUCCAUCAUCUCUUUUAUGAAGGGCAGGUCGACAUUUAUAAUAUCAAUGAUCCUCUCAAAGAAACUGCAACAAUUGGGUUCAUCAAUAAUUUUGGACAGAUUCCCAAACAAUUAUUUAAAAAGCCGCAUCCGCCAAAAAGAACACGGAGCAGGAUAAAUGGAGAUGCUUCCGUUGCACCAACCUCUCUGAGCUGUGCCAUGGAUAAGGUCUUCUUUCAUCAUUUGGAUAAUCUUAGACCAUCAUUGGCACCUGUCAAAGAACUUAAGGAACCAGUGGGACAGAUCAUUUUUACAGAAAAAGGCAUUCUAGCAGUAGAACAAAACAAAGUCCUGAUUCCUCCCAUUUGGAACAAAACAUUUGCCUGGGGAUAUGCAGAUCUUAGUUGCAGAGUUGCAAAUUAUGAAUCUGAUAAGGCCUUGAUAGUCUAUGAAUGCUUAAGUGAAUGGGGACAGAUUUUCUGCGCAAUUUGUCCAAACCCAAAAUUGAUUGUCACAGGAGGGACAAGUACUGCAAUCUGCGUUUGGGAAAUGGGUACCUCCAAGGAAAAAGCCAAGACUCUGACUCUGAAACAGGCACUCCACGGGCACACUGAUGCAGUCACUUGUUUAACUGCUUCAUCAGCCUAUCACAUAAUUGUCAGUGGAUCACGAGAUCGAACAUGUAUUAUUUGGGAUUUGAAUAAGCUGUCCUUUGUCACCCAGCUGCGAGGCCACAGGGCACCAGUGUCUGCUUUGUGUAUUAAUGAAUUAACGGGAGAUAUUGUUUCUUGUGCUGGGACAUACAUUCAAGUGUGGAACAUCAAUGGGAAUCCGGUGGUGAACGUGAAUACGUUUACAGGACGCAGUCAGCAGAUUCUAUGUUGCUGUGUAUCUGAGAUGAAUGAAUGGGACACACAAAACGUUAUAGUCACAGGUCAUUCAGAUGGUGUGGUCAGGUUUUGGAGAAUGGAGUUUCUGCAGGUUCCAGAAACUCCAGUUCCUGAGGAGACCAGCAAACUUGUAGAAAAAAUGCAGGAACACUCUGACAAUGCACAGAUAGAUGGGGAUGCCCAAGAUGAAGAUAGCAGUGAUUCUGACUUGGAGGACCAGAGCAUCCAAGAUCUAAAACCGAAGCAAAGUUUAUCUGGAUCUACAGCACACAGAACAAAGAGCUCGCGAGCAGCCUGGUGUGUAGAAGGCGAAGAAUCUAAACGCUGGGCAGAUCAACUUAGCCUGGAUGAGAAAGAUGGGUUUGUCUUUGUAAAUUAUUCAGAAGGCCAGCCUAAACUUCAUUCACAAUCUCAACACCAGCCUCAAGUUCAAAGUCAUAUGCAACAACCCCAUCAACAGUCAUUGCAGAAUGAUAUAAGACUUCGUAACCAACUAAGACAAGGAUACAGAUGGGAGCGACAGUUGGUUUUCCGAAGCAAGUUAACUAUGCAUACUGCGUUUGAUCGAAAAGACAACUGUCAUCCUUCAGAAGUCACCGCAUUAGGCAUUUCAAAGGAUCACAGUAAAAUCCUGGUGGGUGAUGCACGAGGUCGUGUAUUCAGCUGGUCAGUGAGCGACCAACCUGGGAGGACAGCUGCUGAUCAUUGGAUUAAAGAUGAUGGAGGCGACUGCUGCUCGGGAUGCUCAGCACGCUUCUCCCUGACUGAGAGACGGCAUCACUGUAGGAACUGUGGGCAGCUCUUCUGUCAAAAGUGUAGUCGAUUUCAGUCCGAGGUCAGGCGUUUGAAAAUCUCCUCACCCGUCCGUGUUUGUCAGAAUUGUUACUACAACUUGCAACAGGAGAAAGGAGCUGAUGACUGCUCCAGGAACUAGCAGGUCACUGAACUGUAUCAGUGGUCAGCCAAGGAUAUUAAUUAUUACCCCCAGCUAUUUCAAAUGAUUUUAUGCAAAAGGAAAAGUCAUGUUGAGGGUGGGGUGGGAAGAGUUUACAUACAUUUGUACUGUAUUGAAGCACUGUAAUAUACUGAAUAGAAAGGGAUCAUUUGCCUUGCAGUUAAUGUGCUCUUCUCUCUACUUGUAUUUGCUGAGAGUAGUUCUGGACCGAAAAUCAUCUCUCAAACAUCUUGGUAAUGUCACUCUUAUUCAUUGAACCAGUGGCUUGUCAGAUUUUAGAUGUAAAUCUGCAUUCUCUGCAAGAAUCCUAUUUGUUUAUAGUGUAAAUAGUUGUAAUGGCCUUUUUAAACAAGAGAAAUGUCUGAAAUGCCUGUAAUAAGAUGUCCUACUAACCACUAAAUGUGUGAUUUUAGAAAUCAAUAGUAGUGUGUCUAGCAUCAUUUAGUAACUAUUUUAAGAGAUUAAAAAUGUGUAAAUGCUAACCAGAACUGUUAUUUUCAAUUGCAUUAAUACCUUGCAUUGUAUUUUUUCAUUUUAAUUACUGUUUGAAUCAAAAUGUAUAGAUAUCAGGUUUAUUUGUUUACUCUAUUACAUAGGCACAGUAUCAAAGAAAAGGGGCACAAAUAAGUUUCAAAUUAAUCACUGCUGCACCCACAGUAAUAGCUUCCCUGAUAUUCAUAACAUCAUAGAAAUAUUAAUAUUUACCUGCAGAUGUGCUAUAACAACAUUAUCUCUGUUCUAGCAACCAUUCAUUUAAUGCUACAUGUUUUAGGAGCAAUGGGGCACUUGUGGUGCCAGUGAAUGCAAGUAAUACUUUCAGCCUUGCACCACCACAAUGCAGAACUUUGAGUGUGUGGUAAAGGAAGAGAAGCAAAGAAGAGGCCCCUUACAUUUAUUUUAACUGUCACUGUAAUUUGAAAUUAUUUUCUCCUUCAUCCAACCAGUUCACAAAAGUAGAUUAUUUUACACAGCAAUUUUUCCUCUAAUCAACAGAUGGAAUCAAUACAGUGAGUUGGCUUAAUUUAAAACAAUGUCAUGCUUUGCUAGAAUAUGGCCAAUGUCCGAGUGAAGGGACACGGAGGCUCUGGUUGUUGAUUGAACCUUUAAAGCAGAUUUGAAAUCUCACCAUUUGGGGGUUCUUGCAUCUUCAUUUAUUAAAAUUACACCACAUCCAAAGCAUUACUGUCGUAAUCUAGUUCAUUCAGCAAAUCUUCAAUAGCCAUGACGUGAAUUUUACAAAAUGGCUUCCACGCAUCUAGAUUGAUUAAAAUUGCUAAUGAAUCAUUUGUGGUCUUUGGCAGCUGGCAUGUUGCUCCAGUGUUAGACUGCCCCAAGUAAUUAUUUCUCGAAAGGAAACAAGAUAUACAAAUGCAAGAUAGUACCAGUGAGCAUAUUUGUAAAGGACCUCAGUAUUUAAUAUUAGCUGUCAAAAGAAUAUUGCAGUUAGUAAACAGUUAUAUUCUGAAAGCACAUUGAUUGGGGCAAAGAAGCAACUACUGGUAGUUGUUAAUGUGUUAAGUGAGGGUGUCUCAGAAUCAUUAUUGUAGAUUAAUUGGCUGUUAAAGACCGUUAUUGCAGUAAUACAGUGGGCAGAAAAUAUUGCGUAAAAUGCUGCUACCAGUGCAAGGAUCACCUCUUAGUACAAUUGUUUAUUUAAAAUUGACCUUUGUUAAAAUUGUGAUGGGCAUAUCAAUACAUAAUAUAAUCUGUAGAAAGCACUUGAGCGAUCCAUGUUGUAGUAAGUAUAUUCGUGUGUAACUAACAUACUCAUCUUUCCCUUUCCUCUUGUUGUAAAACACAUUCAUGUGUAUGUAUCUGUAUAAUGUAUUGUGCAAUUUGUACCGUUAUGCUUAUUGGUAGAACCUGAUGCAAAAAGGCAGCAGUUGUCUACACCAAUACUAAAAGUUACAGAAAAAUUUGCACCUUGCUAUUGUGUAUAAAACUGGUAGGAAUCAUUUUAUCAUAUACAUUUCUCUAUCAUUUUAAAGACAGCAUUUCUUUGCAGUAAAUGAACUGUAUAAUAUUUAUGCAAUUAUACUCUUUGAAAGUAUUUUUAAUUUCAGCAAGUUUUGUUACUUGUUGCAUGAUUAACACAGCUGACUUUUUGUGUCAGUAAAAUGUAAAAAUUGUUUUCCACUUUUGUUGUGUUUAAUAUAUUAACCAAUUAUUUGUACCCCUUCCCAAAAGUACCAUAAUCUGUACAGUAAUGAAUCUGAAAAGAUACAGGCUAAACUGGAGUGGGAUUUUUCUACUGUAUAUGAGAAUUGAAAUCCGUGUUUUGGUGGUUCCUGUGCUAGACUGACGCAUUAUAUUAGUGUGUAAACUGUGGUAUCUGAAUGUUCAAUGUAUAUUUGUCUUAAUGAAAGAGCUACAGUCACACAAUACAUAUGUAACUAAUGCAAUAGCAACAAGUCCUGGUACUAAUUUUUUUCCAUUUAAAUAAAUACCUGCUAUUUACCACCAAA